AUGCAGCUCACCCCGCUCUUUAAGAUGCUGCUAGUUGGUGUCUUUGCUCUGGCUUGCUUCUUCGAAGGUGGCGAUGCGGUUCUGGCGGGAGUCACUCGUUAUGGUGUAGACAAGAUCAAGGCUGUUCAGAAGAUUGUUGGAGGAAGCUUCUCUGCGACUGCUGAGUCUGAAGUUCCUUCGAUUUCCAGCUCAGUUAGUACUCGUGUUUCGAUUUCACGCACUAUCAAACUCGAAAUCAAGCCCAAGACUGAGACCGAAGACUCCGCCAACGUCAGUCAACCUACCAAGACUACCACCAUUUCUACCUUCCCCACGGCUGGUCCUGUCUCCUCCUACGCCUCAGACGAAGCUCGAGCAGUAGCCUCCCUCACCAAAAAAUACGCAGCCAAAGCUUUCGAAAUCGCAACCCUCCACGAAGAACUCCUCACCCGCCGCGACGCCUACCAUACCUCCCGCAACAAGAAGCUUUCAGCCGUGAACGCCUCCCUAUCAUCCAUUUCCCACGCCCUAAACGACUCAAAAGCCGAUCUCAAACUCAUCCAAAAGCUUCUCUUCUCCUCUAUCAAUCUCAACACCACCAACACCUAUCCCAACAACAAUGAAAAUGAAAAUAUCCGCCCCAACCACAAGCAAGCAGACAUCAAGAACCUCCUCGCUAAACUCUCCACCCGCGCAGGCGACAAUCAACAGAUCAACUGGGAAGCUAUCACUCGCGAUCUAAAGAAAGUGCUUAACAUGUUGCGAGAGACUGAGGCGGAUAUGGAUGUUUGGGAUGCUUAUGUCGAAACUAUGGAGGAGAAGUUGGAAGAGGUUAAGAAAGAUGUUAGACGGCUUGAGGGGGAGUUUAGGGAGUUGGCUGGGAAGUAUGGGAGGGGUGAGAUUUUUGAGCAGGAUGGGGAGGGAUCUUCUGCUGCUUUUGGAUCUUUUGAGAGUAUGUUUGAGGGAGAGGGGGAAGGUGCUGAGGAGAUGGAGGAUGAGCAGGAAUAG